UUAUUAUAGAAGCGGUGAGACAUGCCAAGUUACGACCCAAUCUUAAUGCGGGUAAGGUUUGACAUAAAUCACGUGCUUGGCAUACUUGGCCGUACAUCUAUUUAUAACUUUUUAUUCUAUGGCACACUGAGCUGUCAGCUUACAUCCCCAGCUCAUCAGCCCCAGCCCCAAAUUACCAGAAAUCCUUCGCGCCCCAAGCGCAGAGGCCAAGGAUAAUAGUGUUGUCGCGCGUAUAUAGAAAACUCUCGAGCCAUUUCCAGUCUUUCCCACUGUAAAAUGCCGUUGUGCUGAACUGCUUCCUUCCAUAGCGUCCUCCUUUUCGCGCAUCCUUCCUAUUUCUGCGUGAUACCCAACAGCCUUGCUUGUCUAAGCGGUACCAGAGAGAUCAACUGUUGACCCAGCUGUCCGAGCCGCAAAAUGCGUGCUCUUGACGCCCUCUUCGCCGCCUUCCUCCUCUCCGCUGCGCAGGCUCUCUCGCCGGCAGAAUGGCGAUCCCAAUCCAUAUACCAGAUUGUGACAGAUCGAUUCGCACGCGCCGACGGGUCGACAACCGCGCAUUGUGAUCUAACAAAGCAGGACUACUGCGGGGGUUCAUGGAAGGGAAUAGUGAAGGAAUUGGACUAUAUCCAGGGGAUGGGGUUUACUGCUGUCUGGAUAUCCCCCGUUGUCAAGAAUAUUGUGAAUAAGACGGCGGACGGAGCCGCAUAUCACGGAUACUGGGCCGAUGAUAUUUACCAGCUUAAUGCGAAUUUUGGGACCGCGGAUGAUCUGAAGGACCUUUCUGAUGAGCUGCACGCUAGGGGAAUGUACUUGAUGGUUGAUGUGGUGACAAACCACAUGGCCUACGCGGGAUCCCCAGAGGAGAUUGAUUAUAGCACUCUUCACCCUUUUAACAAGGAAUCCUUCUACCACCCUCAUUGCCCUAUCGACUUCACGAGCCAAAGCUCCACCGAGGUAUGCUGGGCGGGUUCCAACGCUGGUACCGGUUUCGUCUCGCUCCCCGACUUGCGCACCGAAGACGACGAUGUUCAGGCCGAAUUCAACAAGUGGAUUGGCCAACUGAUAGCCAACUACACCAUCGAUGGCCUGCGUAUUGACUCCGCUCAGGAAGUCAACAAGGGUUUCUAUCCAUCCUUCCAAAAAGCCGCCGGGGGCAUACACAUCCUUGGCGAGGUGUUCAGUGGAGACCCCCCGACGCUGUGCUCAUACUUAGAAGUCAUGUCGGGGGCGAUGAACUAUCCUUCAUACUACUGGAUAACCAGCAGUUUCCAAGGAGGCCCAUUGACUGCGCUAGUCCAGGGCAUCAAGGAAAUGAACGCCUCUUGCACGGACACAACGCUCUUGGGGUCCUUUAUGGAAAACCACGAUCUGCCGCGAUUCCCCUUCAAAACAACAGACGUCUCUCUCGACAUGAACGCCAUCGCCUACACCAUGCUCACCGACGGCAUUCCCAUCAUAUACAACGGCCAAGAACAAGGAUUCGGAGGCGGUCUUCCACCUCUAUCCCGCGAAGCCCUCUGGUUCAGCGGCUACAAGACUACCGGCACGCUAUACACCUUCAUCAAACAGCUGAACGAAGUCCGUUCUCGCGCGAUAACAGUGGACAAGGACUGGGUGAAGCAGCGGAUUUCAGUGAGCCAGCCGGAUUCGCAGACCCUGCUGAUGCGCAAGGGAAACGAUGGGAAGCAGAUGGUCAGCUUGUUCACGAAUCGCGGCGCCGGAGGAGAGGAGGUGAUGACGCUUUUGUCUGCCGAUACGGGGUUCACGGCGAACUUGGAUGUUAUUGAGGUCUUGAACUGCAUUGAUGCGAAGACGGAUGGGAGUGGUAAUCUUGGGGUUGGCAUUUAUAAUGGAGAGCCGCUUGUGUUCCUCCCGGCAGCGAAUCUGAAGGGGAGUGGCAUCUGCACGAAGCUAACUGGACCCUCUACUGUUGUUUCGACGACUAAGAAGGCCGUUCCAACGCGCACCACCACGAGCAAGGGAUCAGGAUCUGAAGCCACGGCAACGAGCACAGGCACUGGCACGAACUCAGGCUCCGGCUCGGAAGAAUCGGGUACAGGAUCAUCUCAAGACACGGCCACAGGAACAGAGCAGACCGCCCCAUCCGUGUCGAGCAGCGCAGCAAACUCGCUUUUGGCGAGCGGACCUCUCCGAGGCUUCAGAAUUAUAUCACGACUUCUGCGAUUUUGGGCUUUGGUGUAGAUGAGAUGGUAGCACGAUUGCUUGUUUUAUAGUUGGGGAAAAGAAAAUGAAGUGAUGACGGGGGGCCGCGUCUGAGCAUGGCAAUGGAGUUCAGUUGUUUUUGCAUAUAUCCUCAUUUUGAGCGAGCGAGAUUGUGGUGUCUGGAGACUUGAUAUAGCUUGACUGUCAAACUAGGAUGUAACUUGAAGGUAC